AUGGUGAAGCGCAUCUUGGUUGUGUUUGAUGGCUCGCGCGGCGACGUUCAGCCAUACAUGGUCGCUGCGAAAGCUCUCAUCAUGGCUGGCUAUGAUGUGAUGACAUCGGGCCCGGGUGAUGCAGAUGCUCUUGCCAAGCACUUUCAGGUGCCUUUUACUCGAAGCCGCCUCAGUACUGGGAAACUAGUGGCCGACCCAGAAAUGCAGAAGGCGUUCGCUGUGAACGACAUGCAAGGCAUGAUGACGGCGCAAGAUCGUAUCAGGGACGAGCUUGUCACACCUGAAACCAGAGCAAGAGAUUUGGGUCUUCUGUACCAGCUGCUGGUGGAAUGGAAACCAGAUUUGGUGCUGACAG